AUGCCCAUCGGCAACGGCUCCGACGACCAAGGCGCAACAGGCGCUGCCAAAUGGGUCACAUCCACACUCGGAAACACUGUGGGUGGCGUCACACGCACUGUGGGCGGUGUGACAGGCGCUGGGACCCGCGGUAUCGGCGAAACUAUCAACAGCGCGACGGGCAGUGCGGGAAAGCCUCUCGGUGAUGCAUUGAGUUCUGGGGGUAACGGGCUUGAGGAUGGAGCGAGGAGUGUUGCGAAGGGUGUUGAGAAUGCUGGGCAGUGGAAAUAA